AUGGCGACCCGUGAUGGCCAGCAAGAUACUGCGGCACCGAUUGUAGCACAGGCGCGGGCUAUUGCAGGACGCCUCGAGCGCCUGGAUGCGACGCGCGGUCAUUUGGCAUCGCUUGGCGACGCCAGCGUGCCGAACGCCGCCCUUCAGGGACUCGGCGAGGACGCCACGGGGCUUGCGCACGCCGCAUCGUGUGCGGACGCGGUACGGAUCUUGGACGAGAAACGCGCAGCGCUCCAAAGAGAGCAGGCGACGCUCAAAGCCCAGUUUGACGUGCAGAUCAAGCACGUCCUCGAAAACUCCUUGCGCCAGCUCCUCCCGAGCGACGCGAGUGGCGGGGAGCAGUAUACCACGGACGAAAAGAACCAGGUGCUGAACGAAGAGGGUCUGCCGUUUGUCGAUCCGCUCGAGCAGCUGCCCGACUCCCCGCCACGCACGCCCGACUUUAGCGCCGACCGCUCGACGGCGCCGACGGGCAAUGUGUUGAACCGCGCGCCAGGGCACGUCGUGCCGUUCCUACCGGAACGUGCAGCGGACGACGACACGUCGCGCAAGGCGUGGAUGGACUCGGUCCUCGCCGAGCUCGAAGCGGAAGAGGCCCAAGAACUCGGCGACACCGCGCCAGAGCCGGCCACGUCCGAGGCCGAGCCGUCGAAGCUCAAGUCGAUUCAGCGCGGCUUCUUGCAGCGCAAGGCCGAGUCGGCGGCCGAAGUGGAUCCUCAGCCGACGCGGCCCAAGAAGCAGGUGCGCAUCGCCGUGCCCGAAGAGAGCGAGUCCGAAGACGAAGUCAAGGAAAAGCGGUCCAAGUCAGUUCACUACGGACGGCACCCCGACGACGUCGGCGUCGAGGAGGAAGCGCAGCGCAUCGUAAAUCUGCUCGGGCCCGAAGUGAUUCAAGGGCAUCCGAACGCCGAGCGCAUCUUUGCAGACAUGAAGGCCGACCAGCAGCGCGUCGUCCAGGCGCCACAAGCGCCGCCACAAGAACCAAGCGAGCCGGCAAAGCCGGCAAUUGGCGAGUCGAUCGUCGAGCGCCCCGCCGAGGCGCCCGCCGACCGUGCGCCGCCGCCCCGAAAAAAGCUGAGCGCAUUCAAGCAGCGCCAGCUCGAGCGCCAGGGCGGCCAGAGCGAGGUGCCGGAAGCGCCGCAGGUCUCGCAAGGCAUCCCGGCGAUUGAGCGCGCAGGCCGCGCCGACGAGCCUCUCGAGCGCCAGCGGAAACACCAAGGCCUUCCCCCCCAAGUGCCGCAUGCACGCCCGUCCAAAGCCUAUGCCGAGCGUCUGGAGAAGCGCGAAAAGGGCGAGGCGACCGGCGGCGCAGACGCGCUCACGACACCGGCCGCGCCUGCGCGCGCGAGCCGCGUGCGGUUCGGCGCGCCGACCGUAGUCGAGGCGGAGCCGCCGAUGGACGUCGAGGACGAGCACGAGGACGAGCCGAUGGCGGAUGACGAUACCGACGAGGAAAACCCGUCCGUACACCCCUACGAGCAGGAUUCCGACGCGAUGGAGAGCGACGACGGCCUGUGGGACAGUGACGACGAGUACACCGCCGAGGACCUCGAGGCGCUGAAGCCGAGCAUGGCUGCGCACUCCGACGAUGCGUUCUGGUCCGAGGAGCUCGCGCGCGAGUACGCCGAGGCUAAAGCACGUCUCGCGCUUCCGGUGCAGCGUCCCAUGCCUCUCGACGACGAGGAGGAUGCGGCGGAGGAGUACGGCGUUGCGCCGCUCAGUGCGUCGCUGGCGCACACCGACAGUGCGAAUACGGCCGCGGAACGCGAGCGUCCCAAGGUGUCGCGCUUCAAGGCGGCGCGCAUGGCCGGCGAGCCGAUCCCCGACCCCAACGGCGACCUUGCCGCGCGGCGUGAGGAUGCUGCCGGCCGUGCGCUUGCGGACGAGGUCAGCGGCGAGGCGCCUGCGCCCGUCAUGGUGCUCCCCUCGCUUGCGCCCGUGCGCUACCCCAAGCCGACGCCUGACGAUCCCUCGGUGAUCGACCUGGACGGCGAGAGCGACGAGGACGACGAUCGUCUGCAGGAGCUGAUGCGUGCGCGCCUCGCGCUGGACCACGACGGCAGUACCGCGUCUUCUGCCCGUUCACCGCACCCUCCCUCUGUAGGACACAAAGAGUAA